UAGAAGUCGUCUUCUUUGUAUCUGGUUGUCAUAUUUAUAGGACACCAGUAGAAGUUGUCUAUGUAAACGCGCUUUAGAAUUCAGAACCAUCCUACUCCUCUGCAAACACACACACACACACACCUCUGCUCUACACAUUCCACAGUGAAAGAAGAAGAAGAACACGAAUUGAAGGAUACAAGAUAAUGAUAAUGGUUGACUCAAUUGUGUCCUUUACAAUUGAAAGGCUUGGUGACCUACUGAUUGAAGAGGCCAACUUGUUAAGUGGGGUAAGUGACCAAAUUCAAAAAUUGCAAAAUGAGUUAAAGAGGAUGCAAUGCUUCUUAAGGGACGCUGAAAGAAAGCAGGAUGAAGGUGGUGAGACUAUAAAGAAUUGGAUAUCAGAGAUAAAAAAUUUAGCUUAUGAAGCUGAGGAUGUGAUUGAAAUUUAUGCCAUCAAAAUUUCAUUAUCAAGUGCAAUGACUCCUUUCUAUAAACUAAGACAUGUUCACAAAGUCGGGAACAAGAUUUUAUCUAUUAACUUUCAAAUAGCUGACCUUACAAGAAGCUUACAAACUUAUGGUUUGACUGCAACAACAAGAGACAAUGAAGAAUCACACUUUGUGUUUGAGACACGGAGACAAUUGAGAUGGUCGUAUUCUCAUGUAGUUGAAGAGUUCAUUGUAGGGUUGGAUGGGGACAUAAAGAAAGUAGUUGAGUGGCUACUAAAUCAAGAUCAACGUUGUCCAAUGGUUUACAUUUGUGGAAUGGGAGGUCUAGGUAAAACAACACUUGCUGAAAAUGUUUAUCAUUAUAGUUCCAUUAGGCGCCACUUUGAGUGUUUUGCUUGGGCUUAUAUAUCUCAAAAAUGCAUUAGAAGAGAGGUUUGGGAGGGAAUUUUACUUCAGCUUACUACUUCCCCUUCCAAAGAAGAGAGAGAUGAGAUUAGGAACAUGAGAGACGAAGAAUUGGCUAAAAAGUUGUACAAAGUUCAACAGGAGAAAAUGUGUUUGAUCAUCUUGGAUGACAUAUGGAGCAAUGACGCUUGGGAUAUUUUAAGUCCAGCUUUCCCCACAAAAAAUACAAAGAGUAAGAUAAUUUUUACAUCACGCAAUAAAGCCAUCUCAUCACAUGUAGAUCCCAAAGGCUUGCUUCAUGAACCAGGGUUCUUAAAUGCAGAAGAUAGUUGGGCAUUGUUUCAAAAGAAAGCCUUUCCAACAAAAGAUGAUCCAGGAUUCACAAUUUGCAAUGAGUUUGAAAGAUUAGGCAGGGAUAUGGUUGCAAAAUGUGCUGGUCUCCCUUUGGCAAUCAUUGUACUUGGAGGUCUUUUAGCUACAAAGGAUACCGUCAAUGAAUGGGAAAUGAUACAUAAACAUAUAACCUCAUACCUAAUAAGAGGAGAGGUACUUGAAAGGCAAUCAAGAAUAAAUGAGGUUUUAGACUUAAGUUACCAUGACUUGCCUUAUCAAUUGAAACCAUGUUUUCUAUAUUUAAGUCAAUUUCCGGAAGACUUUGAGAUACCAAAAAAUAAGUUAAUUCAGUUGUGGAUGGCAGAAGGUUUUAUUUCAUCUCAAUAUGAGAUUGAAAGGGAUGAAACAAUGGAAGAUGUCGCUGAGCGUUACCUCGGUAGAUUAAUUAGCCGUUGCAUGGUUCAAGUUGGUCAGAUCGGGUCUACAGGAAAGAUUAAAACUUGUCGACUCCAUGAUGUAAUGCGAGAUAUGGGUUUGUCAAAGGCUAAAGAGGAACAUUUUCUCUGCGUUAGUGGUAGAUCACAACAAAAUAGUAAUAGCAUCAAUGAUGUAUCAUCAUCAUCUAAUGUAUUAUUAGACACAAGAAAAAUCGGUGGAGUUCGUAGGCUUGCCUUUUUCUUAGAUCAGCAUGUUGAUAAAUUGAUCCCACCUAACGACAAAGUGAAUCAACACCUCAGAUCUCUUGUAUAUAUCCAUGAUAAGAAAUGCAGAGUUGAAAGUUGGAAGCUACUUAAAGCUGUUUUUGAGAGCUUCAAAUUACUUAGAGUUCUCGAUCUUGAAGGAGUUAAGGGAUCAAAGGGACAAUUAUUGCCUAAAGAAGUGGGAAACUUGUUUUGGUUGAAGUUUUUGAGUUUGAAAAGAACCUAUUUACAAAUUAUUCCAUCUUCAUUAGGUAAAUUGGAAAAUCUGCAGAGCCUAAACUUACAAACUAUCAAUAAAGUAAGUUGGGAUUCAACCGUAGAAAUUCCAAAUAUAAUAUGGAAAUUGAAACGGUUAAGACAUUUAUAUCUUCCUAAUUGGUGUGGAAAUGUUUCUGGCAUCCUGCAACUUGAAAAUCUGAUCAAUCUACAGACACUAGUAAACUUUCCAGCUAGUAAAUGUGACGUACAAGAUUUGUUAAAAUUGAAAAAGCUCAGAAAAUUGGUACUGAAUGAUCCAAGAUAUUUUCAAAAGUUCGCCGAAAGUUUCAGUUUUUGUAAUAAAAAGUUGGAAUGUUUGGAAUCAUUGUCCUUAAAAACUGACUUGCUUUCAUUCCCCGAUCAAGUGGUAGAUGUUGAAAAAUUGGUGCUAGGUUGUCCUUCACUUCACAAAUUGCAUGUAGAGGGGAGAAUGGAAAGGCUUCCGGAAGCUCAACUAUUUUCUCCACAACUUUCAAAGUUAACUUUGUGGGGUUGUAAGCUUGUGGAGGAUCCAAUGGUAACACUAGAGAGUCUUCCUAAUUUAAAGUACCUAAGUUGUUGGGAAAUGUUUGUUGGAAAGAAAAUGGUAUGUUCAUCAAAUGGUUUUCCUAAACUGGAAGUUCUAGUAAUCCGCGGCUUUUCUAAUUUAGAGGAAUGGGUGGUAGAGAAUCAAGCUAUGUCUUAUCUUUAUCGAUUGAGUAUAUCUGAUUGCAACAAGUUAAAAACUGUUCCUGAUGGACUAAAAUUUGUUGCUGGUCUAAGGGAGUUAGAGUUCAGAUGGAUGCCUAAAUCAUUCAAGAACAGGCUUGGAAUUGCUGGAGAGGAUUACCACAAAGUUCAACAUGUCCCAUCCAUUGUAUUUUUCCACUAGGCCUGCAAUUUGAAUCAAUCAAACACCAGUCUGGCAACAGGUGUCGUCAACCUUUCUUCUGAUUUGGAAGCUUGAGUUUUAAAUUGUGAACUUUUAUGGUGCAUAGUUGGUGCAUACCUCUAUGUUGGUGUUCAGUGUUUGUUUUCUUGGGCCCUUUUGUUGAAUUUAUUUAAGGAUUUACUAGUAUAAUUUUAUAUGUAAUGAACCUAUUUGAGAUUUUUAAAAGGUUUUCGAACUACGUACCAAAAAAUGUAAUUGGAUCCCUAAACUUGUAAGUAAUUUUUUAAUUAAGUACUUUUUAACAGA